CAUUCAGCAAAAGAGAACACACAGCAGGCCAAUCACAAUGCAGGGAAUCUACCUGAUAAUUGCAGUGUUCACUUGUGUUGUCUCCCAGGACGCGGAAGAACCUGUCUCAUAUAGGUGCACAGACGGCUAUGAAUAUGACCCUGUCAGACAAGUGUGCAAAGACAUUGAUGAGUGUGCCAUGGUGGCUGAUGCUUGCAAGGGGGGCAUGAAGUGUAUUAAUCACUAUGGCGGCUACUUGUGCCUCCCCCAAAAUGCCCAAAUAUUCGUCAGUAACGGGGACGAGCAAGGUCUGGCCGCGGAGCCCAACCCCCCGCCGACACGGACUCACCAAGGCCGCCGGGUAUCCCAGACGUCAACCCGGACGGUACGCUGCUCUCCCGGCUUCGCGGCGGAUGAGCAGAACUACUGCAGAGAUAUCGAUGAGUGCGCCACAGGUCGACACUCGUGCAGUGCUGAUCAGAUCUGUUACAACACCAGAGGUUCGUACAGCUGCCAGUGCCAGCCUGGGUACCAGAAGAGUGGAGACCAGUGUGUGGAUAGAGAUGAGUGUCUCCAGUCACACUACUGCAUGCACAGAUGUGUCAACACUCCUGGCUCGUACCACUGUGAGUGUAAUCCCGGUCACCAGCUGGCCAGCAAUAACCACAGCUGUGUAGAUGUCAACGAGUGCCAGACGGGACAUCCGUGCCAGCAUCAGUGUCUAAACCUGAUGGGCUCCUUCCUUUGCCAGUGUGACCAGGGCUUUGAGUUGGCACCAGACUCCGUGUCCUGUGUGGACAUUGACGAGUGUGCCUUCUCCAGCUACAUGUGCCAGUAUGGGUGUAUAAACAGCCCCGGGGGAUACUCGUGCACCUGCCCUGAGGGUUACCUGCUCCAGGGAACAAGAAUGUGUCAAGACAUUAAUGAGUGUGAAAGCAGUCACGACUGUACUGAAGAAGAGAUGUGCUGGAACUAUUAUGGAGGAUACCGCUGCUAUCCCAGAAACCCCUGUCAGGAGCCAUAUGUGAGAACAUCGGAAAACCGUUGUGUCUGCCCAUCCAGCAACCUGUGUCGAGGCAUGCCUCAGUCCAUCGUCUACAAAUACAUGAGCAUUCACUCCGACCGCACUGUGCCCGCAGAUAUCUUUCAGAUCCAGGCCACCAACAUCUACCCCAACACACACAACACCUUCAGGAUCAAAACCGGAAAUGAGGGAGGAGAGUUCUUCCUCAGGCGUACCAGUAAUGUUGGGGCAAUGCUGGUACUGACCCGGUCUCUGUCCGGGCCGCUGGAGUUGGUCGUGGACCUGGAGAUGAUCACACACCACACGGUCAUGGGUUACCGCUCCAGUUCUUUACUACGGCUCACCAUCGUCGUCGGCCCAUACACCUUCUAA